AUAGCAAAAUUUUCCUCAGUCGAUGAGUUUGCUUUCCCCAGUACAAAUCGGCAAUUCUAAUUAUAAAUCCAAAAAAGUGAAAAACUAAAAACCAAUAAGUUUUCUUAAAUCUGUGAACGUGAAAUUAGCGAAAUGCCGUAUAAAAGAAGGGCAGCUAGUGCCCGAGCAGCAGCUAAACCUCGAGAGAGCGAAGAGGUCCAUGUCAACAAAAGGCCAUAUUCACGUUCCAGUGCCACAACAUCGAAGGUCUCGAGCGAAACCAUCAAUCGCGACGUUUCACAUCCAACCAGAGGUAAGAAAUGUGAAACCAAUCUGAAUUCCAAAAAUGUUUCGCAAAAAGGGCAAAAGUCACAGCUUAUGACAGAAAGCGCUGGAAAAUUUGAUCCGGAGCCAAAGGGAAAACGGCGGGCUAAAUCCUGUGGUUUCAAGUCCCUACUUUCGGAUGAGUUAGCGAGCCCACGUGAUUCAGAUAAUUAUGCCAGGCAACUUCACCAGGCAACUGCACCAGCACGUGAAACUUCAUGGCCAAGUCGUUCUAGAUCAAGGCGUAGAUGUACACAAAAGAAUGAAAAUGUAAUUGAUUCCAAUGAACCGGAUCAAAAUACAACUUUUAAUCAACCGGAAGUUUCUUCCAAUAUAGUUUUGGAAAAACAUAACCAGAGGACUUCAACGUCUAAAGAAAAUAAAAAUAAAGCCAGGAGCCAGAAAGAAAGCUAUAUUCCACCGCAAUCGGACAAUAAAGCUUUAAACAUAGACCAAAUAGGUAAAAAUGACUGGACUACGAAGUUGCCUGAGCCCAUUCCAAGAAAUAAAUCGAAGAAGAAUUUGUAUUCAAAGUCCAGCGAUUUAGCCGAGGCGGAAGAACAAACAUAUUUAAAACGUCAGUCUGAGAAGAAUUAUUAUUCAGGUUACCAUUCGGAAGAGACAUAUACCACGCCGGCUAAAUGUUCUAACGCUCAAAUCAACUCAAUACCAUAUCUGGACUAUGGUACUACGUACGGCCAGGCUCAGAAUUUAGACGUGUCCGAAAACGCCAACAUAACACAAAAGCCGAAUCCAGAUUUAACAUCGCGUUAUCAUCAAUUUAAAAAGCCAGAGUCUCCACAGCCCAUGAACUUCGACCAUCAGAAGGAAAUGCAUAUAAGAAACGAACAUCAAUAUAAUCCCGAUCGUACUCCUAGUUUUUUAGAAAUGCUUUCUCAAGCCGAAGUUAAAAAAGAAAGUAAUCAAGGCGCUAAAAAGCCAACGAGUAAUAAAGUAUCUAACGUUUCUCAAUAUCUGAUCGAUCUCGGGUUUACUAGCGGAAACGACGAUAACAGCAGCAAUGAUGGUAACGAGGAGCAAGACGAUAUUGAUAGGCGCCUGAAUGCUGAUAUGGAAUCUUUAUUUGCAACUGAUGAGCUGGCACGUCCACCUCCACCUCCACUAGCAAAGAUUCCAACAAAGAGGAAGGCAGCUGAAAGAUCAAAUUCUCGGCUAUUGGAUCCCAAGAAAAUGGAAGCUGAUAUGGAUGCACGCCUCCAGGCGGAACUGGAUUCUCUACCCGUGGUAGCAGUAUCAGCUGACGAGACGAAAGAAACCCCAAAGGAACCAUUAGGUAAAACUCACCAUCACAUAUCAGUACCUACAAUCAAGAACUUGUCGGAGAAUAAAGCUUUUCCGAAACCGAAUCUGGUAUGCAUUCCUCCACAACCAGCUAUUCCUCCGCAACCAGCCAUUCCUCCAGCACCAACCACUUUUAUGGCCAACAAAGCCAUGGAGACAGGAAUAUCUAGCGUUGUUCAGAUGGCAAAUAAUCCGCUUGCUUCAACUCAGCAUCACGCCUUGCCACAAGUGCCGCGACUUAAUGUUGGUCAGGGUGACGAUGUAUCCGUUAAAUUUACCACUGGUGCGGAUGGACUAAUUACCAAUGUGCAGUUGGUGCCAUCAACGAUGGCAAUGGGUCAGCCAACAGUGAAGGCCACCCAAUUAGAGAGUUUUACGGCCCAGCAACUGAAUAAGUUAUUACAGAGUGGGCAGCCCUACCUGUCCUUGCCCAUGACUGACUCUGGAGUUCCAGGUGCCGUGCUACAGGAUACGUUAAAGACCAAAGAUGCACCUGAACAAGCGGUCGAAGAUGAGGAGGUCGACUAUGAGGAAAUAGGAGUGGCCGACACCUUUGCAGCUUACUGGCCCAGCAAACUGAAGUUUGGAAGGGCCCAUCCCGAUCCCGUGGUGGAAACGGCCACUCUGUCCUCCGUUGAGCUGCCCAAUAUAACCUAUGAGUUGGCCCUGCCCCAGAAGACCACCGAAUGUUUGAGUGCCCUGCAGCUGGAGGCAGUGGUCUAUGCCUGUCAGGCUCACGAGCAGCUCCUGCCAACCGGAGAACGAGCUGGAUUUCUGCUGGGCGAUGGGGCUGGUGUGGGCAAAGGUCGCACCAUUGCCGGCAUUAUUUUCGAAAACUACGUGAAAGGCCGGAAGCGUGCCCUUUGGGUCUCAGUCUCCAGUGACCUCAAGUUCGAUGCAGAGCGGGAUCUAGCCGAUAUAGGAGCCCACGAAAAGAUCCGUGUAGCGACAAUCAAUAAGUUUAAAUACAGCGCCAUUGAUUCCAAAGAAAAUGAAACCUUCAAGCGCGGCGUGAUAUUUUGCACUUACACAGCUUUAAUUGGAGAAUCAAUGACGACCAACUCGAAGUACAAGACUCGUUUCCGCCAGUUGACCAAUUGGCUUGGCAGAAAUUUCGAAGGAGUGAUCGUCUUCGAUGAGUGCCACAAGGCCAAGAACCUAAGCCUGAUGAAUGUGGGUAAGUCCACCAGGACGGGAACGACUGUUCUGAAUCUGCAGAGAAUGUUGCCAAACGCCAGAGUGGUGUAUGCUUCAGCCACGGGAGCAAGUGAGCCCCGGAAUAUGGCCUAUAUGACCAGAUUGGGCCUGUGGGGUACAGGUACAGCUUAUCCAGAAUUCUACGAAUUUGUUAACGCCGUGGAGAAGCGCGGCAUAGGAGCCAUGGAAAUCGUGGCCAUGGAUAUGAAGCUAAGAGGUACUUACAUAGCUCGUCAACUGAGCUUCAAGGAUGUGAGCUUUCGUAUCGAGGAGGUGAACAUGUCGAAGGAAUUUCGCAAGAGCUAUAAUUUGUCUGCCGAACUCUGGGCCGAAAUAAACAAGAAGUUCCAGAAGGCCUGUCGCCUAAUGUGCGUCGAGAAUAGGGUGCAGAAGAUUAUAACCUGUCAAUUUUGGUGCGCCCAUCAGCGUUUCUUCAAGAACCUGUGCAUCGCCUCCAAAGUGAAUCACGUGGUAAAGAUGACGCGGCAGGCGACACGAAUGGGCAAGGCGGUGGUCAUUGGCCUUCAAUCUACUGGGGAGUCGCGCACCCUGGAGCACCUAGAACGUCAUCAUGGAAAACUAAACAGCUUUGUGUCCACCUCGAAGAUGAUCAUUCAGUCGUUUGUAGAGAAGCACUUCCCAGCUCCAAAACGCGACUCGUUUCAUCAUUUACUGAAUACGGGUGAGUUUGAGCCUGAGGCACGUUGCCGCCCACCCAGACAGAAGAAGAUGAAAAUGGAUACCGAAUGGGUUGAAGAUGAUAUGGAUGCCGAGGCGGUCGAGAGCGACAUCGAGAUGUACGAAAAAAACGGUACUGUGGCUGUUGCUAAGCCUGGACAAAAACGGCGAGGACGACCGCCCAAGGCGGACAAAGUGGAGAAGAUUACCAUGCAAGAGCGCAUUCUGGAGCAUCUUCGCAAUAAUAUGAUGGAGGAGGAUAACGAACCGGAACCCACAGACCCUUUAGACAAUACCAAGCCCCAAAAGACAAACAUCACGGAGCGUGAUGUAGAACGCUGCAUAAACAUGCGUGAGAUUCUGCUGGAAAAAAUAGAUAUUCUGGGCAAGAAGUUGCCGCCCAACACGCUGGACAAACUAAUCUCUGAACUGGGUGGCACCAAUUUGGUGGCAGAGAUGACGGGCCGUCGUGGAAGAGUGGUGCGAACGGAGUACGAUGGCUACAAGUAUGAGCCACGUUGUGAGAACGACUCCACUAUGGACCUGGUCAAUUAUCGGGAGAAGCAGCGUUUCAUGGAUGGCAGCAAGCACGUGGCCAUAAUCUCGGAGGCGGCCUCCAGUGGAAUAUCUUUACAGAGUGACAAGAGGGUUUCCAAUCAGCGGCGUCGUCUGCACAUCACUUUGGAACUACCAUGGAGUGCAGAUAGGGCCAUACAGCAAUUUGGGCGCACCCAUCGCUCCAAUCAGGUCAAUGCACCAGAAUAUGUAUUUGUGAUUACGGAUCUGGCUGGUGAGCGUCGAUUUGCAUCCACGGUGGCCAAGAGACUGGAGAGCUUAGGAGCCCUUACCCAAGGCGAUCGUCGCGCCACCGAUGCCCGUGAUCUCUCCCAGUUCAAUAUCGAUAAUAGCAUCGGGCGCAUGGCCCUUGAGAAUGUGAUGCAACAGCUGACCAGCGGUAAACCACUGGACCGGUCUCAAGUGCCUCAAUCCUAUAAAGGAAACUUCCUCUACGAUUGUUGCGUGGCAAUGGCCGGCGUGGGAAUGAUCAAUGUGCGGGAGGAGAACAAGGUCAAGGUGUUCACCGUGGAGAAGGAUAGUAAUAAUAUCUCUAAGUUUUUAAACCGCAUCCUUGGUUGCCGGGUAGAAGUGCAGAAUGCCCUUUUUAAAUUCUUUCUGGACAAGAUGUACUCACUGAUCAUGCAAAUGAAGCGCACAGGACGCUUCGAUCUGGGGAUUUUAGAUCUGGAUGCCCAUGGAGCAAGUGUAAAAUCCAUCAAGCUGAUGAGGUUCAUUAGGGCGCACGCCACAGGUACGGCGGCCACAGAACUUCACACGGUGACAGUGGAACGUGGUAUGUCCUUUGAGACAGCCCUGGCCAUAUUCCGCAGGGAGGGCCAAUACGAACACGAAGGCUUCUAUGUUCUACAAAAGCUGCGCCAAAACAAGAACUCUUCAAUUUUAUGCCUGCAGGCACCGUCCAAUUCAUCGGAUGUAUCAAAGGAAAAGAUAAAUUUGCAAAUCUACCGACCCAAUACAGGUCCCCAAGUGCGAUUGGAGACACAUGCCUCCAUUUCAUCACGAUAUGUGAAGGUAAGCCCGGAAGAGGCCCAAACAUACUGGGUGCAGCAGUACGAAUUGUGCUUGAAUAUGUGCUCACACCUUUACUGGAAUCGGCCUUGUCCAAUGCCGACGGGCUGUGAAGUGGGACUACGAAUGCGCACCUACCACGUGCUCUCCGGGUUAAUGCUACCGAUUUGGGACCGGAUCGAACUCAUUAUCGUGAAUAGCGGACACAAGAUCCAGAUCAUACGCAUGAAGACCGAUGAGAACAAGAAGAUAGUGGGCACGGUGGUGCCGCAUGCCGUAUACGAUGACCUGGUGGACGAUUUGUCCACGGAUUCCAUCGUGGAGAGCUAUUAAAAUGACACCGCCCAGUGUAUGGCAAAGCACACAGCACUUCUAUCGCCACUUUAAAAAUAUCAACCCAAAUUGCGGCAUUCAAUGCAAUACAUGUGGCGUAAGCUUUCGCUUUUUCAAAAUGCCAGGCACGCUCCACCAGCUCCACCCAGAAGGAGCAGCCCGCCCAUGUUCCCGGCCAUAAACAAUGGCCACAGAAGCACAUACGGGAAGACACUUACAGCUCGUCUGCGUGCGUAUGUGAUUCAUAUGUAUUGUCUGCUACGCUACGGCGGAGACUGCUUCACAUACACUAAAAAAAAAAAUAAAGCCACACAAAAAAAAUCGUCUUGUUU